GAUCGAAUGAUUGGGAGAGAAAAAAAAAAAGUUCAUUAGAGCGACCAUUUCCUCCGUGCAAAUUCCGUCGUCACGUCAAAGCAACAUCACCGGUCGUCGGCUCGUCGCUGCCUGUCUCCCCCGUCCGCUCCGUCCCGUCACUGGCGCGCGCUGCGUGCGUGCUUACAUAAUACUAACCCGACCCGACCCGCUUCUCGCCUUCGCCCACCCAAUUCCCCCCCACCCGAAUGCGGCGCGGGAUCGAUCCGAGGCUGGAGGGGGUGAUGCCGUGAUGGUGUGGUGGUGAUCGGUUGCUGGCGGCGGUGGCGGAGGAGGAGAUGGGGGGCGGGCGGGUGCGGUUCAACGUGGGCGGGCAGGUGUUCGAGACGACGACCACCACGCUCGGCAACGCCGGCAGGGAGUCGAUGCUAGGGGCGCUGAUGGACUCGUCGUGGAACAUGGCCCCUACCGGCGGCGGGGGAGGGGGAGGUGGUGGUGGUGGAGGGGGAGGAGGAGGAGUGCCGGAGUAUUUCAUCGACCGGAAUCCGGCGUGCUUCGCGGUGCUGCUCGACCUGCUCCGCACGGGGAGCCUCCACGUGCCGCCGCAGCUCCCCGAGAAGUUGCUCUACCGGGAGGCGCUCUACUACGGCCUCCUCGACCACGUCCGCGCCGCGCGCUGGGGAGCGUUCGAUGGCGACCGCCUUCGCCACGCGGCCUCGGUGCCAGGGCGCGCACCGGGGGACGGCACGGCUAUCCGCGCCGCGCCCGACGGGGGUUGCUGCGUCGCGCACGGGGGCGCCGUGCACGUGUACAACUGGAUGCUCGACGAGCGACGCCCGGUGUCGCUCGACCACUCGCAGGUCAACGACGUGGCGUACCUCGACGAGUCCACGCUCCUGAUCGCCGCGCGCGAGCGACUUGGGAAGUGCGACGGCGGCAUGGCCGCGUUCUCCGCCGUCUCCGGCGACCUGCAACACCGCUUCCGCGUCGUGCACGACCGCCAGGCCAAGUCCUUCACCGCCGGUGCGCUGGCGUUCGACCAGGACUCGACCAUCUUCGCCAGCUGCAAGGGCAGGUUCAACGAGUACGGCAUCGGCCUCUGGGAUCGCGCCACCGGCGAGCAGACCAACUUCUUCUACGAGCCGCCGGGCUGCGCCUUGGGCGAUGCCGACAAGCUCCAAUGGCUGGACACCACCAACGCGCUCAUGGUGGCUACUCUGUUCCCCAAGACUGACAACUGUUUCAUCGGCCUGCUCGAUUUCCGGGACAAGAACGUGGUCUGGUCGUGGUCCGACGCCGGCAUAGCCGCGUCGCUCGACGACAAGCGCGUGCUUCACGCCAUCGCCAUGGAGGACGAGCGGUCAGUCUGCGUGAUCAACCAGUACGACGACCUCGGGUUCCUCGACCUGAGGAGCAACGCCGGCGGCGUGCGGUGGAGCUCCCGGAGCAAGUUCAUGAACCGGAAGGUGCCCAGCGAGGAGAGCUGCUACCCGAAGCUCGCCACGCACGGCGGGCAGCUCUUCUCGUCGAUGAACGACAGCAUCUCCGUCUUCAGUGGCCCCGAGUGCGUCCUGACGUCGACGCUGAGGAGGAGCCACGGCGGCGCCAUUUGCGAUUUCUCCAUCGGAGGCGAUCGGCUCUUCGCCCUGCACAACGAAGAGAAUGUGUUCGACGUUUGGGAGACGCCGCCGCCGCCGAUCAUUUGACCUCCGGUGGACUGCACUCUGCGGCCUGCUGAAGUUUGUUAUUUGUCACUUCCUUUGUAUCUUCAUCUUGUCAUUCUUAUGCAACUUGCAAAUGCUCACUCAAUAGAAGGAAACAAAGAAACAUAGUGAUUUAGUGCAAAGAUUACUCACACAAUACACUGUAACCCAACUUAAUAACUGGAGAGUACCUGAAUUUCCUUUCUAACAGAGACAAAAGAUGCAUAUUCUAGUGCAUUCCAGGGCAAUUGCCUUUGGGGCUUUUGGCAUCUUGUACUGAAUUCUCCUGCCUUUCUACUGCUUCAUAUUUUACAGGGCACAUAGGGACGCAUCACGCAUUGCUGGUGUCAGCGUCAGAUGUUGCUCUGUCAAAAUCAUUGUCCGUUGAUUCUCAAGUAACUAUGUGAAUGAUUAAGCACCGACAGAUCUUUCGUUCUGCACUUAAUGAGUAGGUCCCAUAUCACCAUAUUGAACUGAGCUCUUCCUAAGAUGCCUGUGUCUUCAUACUGAAGUAUGGGGGCAGAAUUCAGUAGUUCAGUGCCUUGUUUUAUCUCUGUCUUGCAGCAUAUUGCUUGUGCUUCUACCUGUUCACAAGUCUACUGAUUUCUCUUAGAACAGUUUUCCUUAUCUUCUAAAGACAU